CUAAGCUUUAUUCUUCUUCUUUCUCUCUUCUCUUCUUCUCUUCUUCUCUUUCUCUGCUAUCCGACUUUUCUCUGCUAUUUCUCUGCAUUAAUUCACGACUUUCAUCACACCGAGUUACACACUGAAGCAGAAGUGCAGUUUACAGAUCCAUCAACACUCGGUGCAAUCUCUUCCAUGGAUUUAGAUUUUGAAUAUCACGAAGAAUACAGAAGAAACUCAAGGGGAGUGCAACUUUUCACCUGUAAAUGGUUACCUUCAUCUUCUCCCAUGGGUCUGGUUUUCCUUUGCCAUGGUUAUGGCAUGGAGUGCAGUGGCUUCAUGAGAGAAUGUGGUGUAAGACUAGCGUGUGCUAAAUAUGCCGUGUACGGUAUCGAUUAUGAAGGGCAUGGACGUUCUGAAGGUGCUCGUUGUUACAUAAAGAAGUUCGAUAACAUCGUUAAUGAUUGUUAUGACUUUUUCAAGUCUGUCGGCGAGCUCCAAGAGUAUAAGGGGAAGGCUAGGUUCUUGUAUGGAGAGUCCAUGGGAGGGGCAGUGAGCCUACUUUUGCACAGAAAGGACCCUUCAUUCUGGGACGGUGCAGUUCUUGUUGCGCCCAUGUGUAAGAUAUCAGAGAAAGUGAAGCCACACCCGGUGGUGAUCAACUUAUUGACUAAAGUGGAAGAUAUAAUCCCAAAGUGGAAAAUAGUUCCCACUAAGGAUGUCAUCAAUGCAGCCUUCAAAGACCCUGCUAAAAGAAAGAGGAUAAGGAAAAACAAGUUGAUAUACCAGGACAAGCCCAGGCUGAAAACAGCACUGGAAAUGUUAAGAACCAGCAUGAGCCUAGAAGACAGCUUAUAUAAGGUGACCCUGCCUUUUUUUGUACUGCAUGGAGAAGCAGAUACAGUGACCGACCCAGAAAUAAGCAGGGAACUAUAUGAGAGGGCAAGUAGCAAAGAUAAGACCAUAAAAUUGUACCCAGGAAUGUGGCAUGGCUUAACAUCAGGGGAGACGGAUGAGAACAUCGAAAAAGUUUUUGAAGACAUUAUAAUGUGGCUAGAUAAGCACACGGGCAAUCCAACUCAUGCUUCUACACAACAAAUUGAGACUUAUAAGUAUGACAUCGAGAGAUUGACUACAGUUACAUCGUCAGCAAAGUUUGUAAAGCAAGAAAACGGGCGAAGAAGCUAUCUCUGUGGCUUGAAAGGAAACCGCUUGUUAUACCACUCAGCAAUUUAGAUUGCAGUCCUAAUAUGGUAGGAGUUAGGACCUGUGACCAUGUGGCAUAUUUUCCCCAUGUUUGCCUAAUUAAUAGGAGUCUAACUUGUUUCCAAAAGUAAAGCGAUUUGAG